CCCGGCCACGUGUAGUCACUCACUCUGUCCACCGCCCGCGCACUUGUGCUGUCACUCAGCCGGGUUUUGUCGAAGCAGGAGGUACAGCUCGGGCCCGGCCGGACACUCGGCCAGUCGCCCCGCCGCCGGCCCAUGGAAACCGUGCUCCUUCUCGCCCUCGGGCUGCUAGCCCAGAGCUUCGGCCUGUCAUUGGGGGUCCCUGGGCUGAGAAGGCCCAGCACCCUGUUCCCUUGGCGCCGGGGUCCCACGCUGGGCCGUGUGCGGAGAGCCUGGGUCAUUCCCCCCAUCAGUGUGUCCGAGAACCAGAAGCGCCUCCCCUACCUACUGGUGCAGAUCAAGUCGGACAAGCAGGAGCUGGGCAGCGUCCUCUACAGCAUCCAGGGGCCCGGUGUGGACGAGGAGCCCCGGGGCAUGUUCUCCAUCGACAAGUUCACCGGGAAGGUGUUCCUGAACGAUAUGCUGGACCGGGAGAAGACAGACCGCUUCAGGCUAAGGGCCUUUGCCCUGGACCUGGGAGGAUCUACUCUGGAGGAGCCCACGGACCUGGAGAUCGUAGUUGUGGAUCAGAACGACAACCGGCCUGUCUUCCGGCAGGACGUGUUCACUGGCCAAGUACUGGAGGGCGCCAUCCCAGGCACCUAUGUGACGAGGGCUGAGGCCACGGAUGCUGACGACCCAGAAACCGACAAUGCAGCCCUGCGGUACUCCAUCCUGGAGCAGGGCAGCCCCCAGCUGUUCAGCAUCGAUGAGCACACGGGGGAGAUCCGCACGGUGCAAGUGGGCUUGGACCGAGAGGUGGUCGCCGUGUACAAUCUGACCCUGCAGGUGGCAGACAUGUCUGGAGAUGGCCUGACUGCCACUGCCUCGGCCAUCAUCACUCUUGAGGAUGUCAAUGACAAUGCCCCUGAGUUCACCAGGGAUGAGUUCUUCCUGGAGACCUCAGAGGCUGUCAGUGGAGUUGACGUGGGACGGCUCGAGGUGGAGGACAGAGACCUGCCAGGCUCUCCCAACUGGGCGGCCAAGUUCACCAUCCUGGAGGGAGAUCCCGAUGGGCAUUUCGCUAUCCGCACAGACCCCAAGACCAACGAGGGCGUGCUGUCUGUGGUGAAGCCCCUGGACUAUGAGAGUUGUGACCAGUACGACCUCACAGUGGUGGUGCAGAACGAGGCCCCCCUGCAUGCGGCUGCCCCCAGGGCCGAGCGGGGCCAGGCAAGGGUCAGCGUGCAGGUGCAGGAUGUCAACGAGGCGCCUGUGUUCCAGGAGAACCCCCUGCGGACCAGCCUGGCUGAGGGGGCGGCCCCCAGAACCCCCGUGGCCACCUUUUCUGCCCGAGACCCUGACACACAACAACUGCAGAGGCUCAGUUACAUCAAGGAUUAUGACCCCGAGGACUGGCUGCAAGUGGAUGGAGCCACGGGCCAGGUCCAGACCCAGCGUGUGCUCAGCCCGGCAUCUCCCUUCCUCAAGGAUGGCUGGUAUCGGGCCAUCAUCCUGGUCCACGACAAUGCCUCCCCGCCCUGCACAGCCACCGGGACCCUGUCCAUUGAGAUCCUAGAGGUCAACGACCACGCCCCUGAGCUAUCCCCACCAUCUGGAAGCCUGUGCAGCGAGCCAGAUCAAGGCUCUGGCCUUCUCCUGGGUGCCAUGGAUGAGGACCUGCCACCCCACGGGGCCCCCUUCCACUUCCAGCUGAGCCCUAGGGUUCCAGAGCUCGCCCGGAACUGGAGCCUCAGCCAGAUUAACAUGAGCCACACACGCCUGCGGCUGCGGCACCAGGUCCAGGAGGGGCUGCACCACCUCAGCCUGCUGCUCCGAGACUCAGGGCAGCCGCCCCAGCAGCGGGAACAGCUCCUGAACGUGACCGUGUGCCGCUGCGGCCGCGAUGGAGCCUGCCUGCCGGGGGCCUCUGCGCUGAGGGUUGGGGCCGCGGGCAUCAGCCUGGGCGCCCUGGUUAUCGUGCUGGCCAGCGUCACCCUGCUGCUCUUGCUCAGCCUGCCUGUGGUCGUCCUCACACGGUUCCGGCAGCAGUCAUGGGACAAGGGGCUUCUACAGGGGCUGCAGGACGAUCUCAGAGACAACAUCCUCAACUACGAUGAGCAGGGGGGCGGGGAGGAGGACCAGGAUGCCUACGACAUCAGUCAGCUGCGCCACCCGACCCACCUGGCAGCCUUGAGCGCUCCUCUGGGUCGGCCACCGCUGCGCCGUGACGCCCCGUUCGGCCGGGCACGCCCCCCACCACCCCGUGCACUGCCCACCAGCGCUGCAGACAUCGUAGACUUCAUCAACGGCGGCUUGGAGGCUGCGGACAGUGACCUCAGCGUCCCACCCUAUGACACGGCUCUCAUCUAUGACUACGAAGGAGAUGGGUCCGUGGCAGGGACACUGAGCUCCAUCCUGUCCAGCCUGGGUGACGAGGACCAAGACUACAGCUGCCUCCAGGAUUGGGGCCCCCGCUUCGCCCGGCUGGCCGACUUGUACGGCCCUCACUGAGGUCU